UUGGCAAUCCUAGAAGACUAUGCGGACCCGUUUGAUGUCCAGGAGACUGGUGAUGGCCUAGUAGGAGCUUCAGGAGCCCCAGAGAAGGUCCCGGAAAACGAUGGCUACAUGGAGCCCUAUGAGGCCCAAAAGAUGAUGGCCGAGAUCCGGGGCUCCAAGGAGAUGGCCCCUCAGCCCCUGCCUCUGUAUGACACACCCUAUGAGCCGGAAGAGGAGGGGGCCACCCCUGAGGGUGAGGGGGCCCCUUGGCCCCGGGAGUCCCGCCUGCCUGAGGAUGACGAGAGGCCGCCCGAGGAGUAUGACCAGCCCUGGGAGUGGAAGAAGGAGCGGAUUUCUAAAGCCUUUGCUGUUGACAUUAAGGUCAUCAAAGAUCUACCUUGGCCUCCACCGGUGGGACAGCUGGACAGCAGCCCCUCCCUGCCCGACGGGGACAGGGACAUCUCCGGUCCAGCCUCACCCCUCCCCGAGCCCAGCCUGGAGGAUGGCAGCGCCCAGUUUGAAGGAUCUGAGAAGAGCUGCCUGUCACCCAGCCUGGAGGAGAAGGGGCGUCUACCUCCCCGACUCUCUGCAGGGAACCCCAAGUCAGCCAAGCCCCUAAGCAUGGAGCCCAGCAGCCCCCUGGGGGAGUGGACAGACCCAGCACUGCCUCUGGAAAACCAGGUCUGGUACCAUGGGGCCAUCAGUCGAACAGAUGCCGAGAACCUGCUCCGGCUGUGCAAAGAGGCCAGCUACCUGGUGCGCAACAGUGAGACCAGCAAGAAUGACUUCUCCCUGUCCCUCAAGAGCAGUCAGGGCUUCAUGCAUAUGAAGCUGUCUCGGACCAAGGAACACAAGUAUGUGCUGGGCCAGAACAGCCCGCCCUUCAGCAGCGUCCCGGAGAUCGUGCACCACUACGCCAGCCGCAAGCUGCCCAUUAAGGGGGCCGAGCACAUGUCCCUGCUCUACCCCGUGGCCAUCCGGACUCUGUAGGUGUGAGGCUUGGGCACUGCGACAGAUCUGGACCCAGUCCUGUGCCCGUCCCCCGGCUGCGGGCUGUGGUCCUUCCCAGGGCCGUGAUCUCCCAAGCCUUUCUUCCCCUCUCCCUGGGAUGGAGUGGAAACUGGAGAUUCCUUAAUUUAUUCGAAAGAGUAAGGGCGAUGGGGCCUUGGAGGAAGCGGAGGUCUGGAGCUGAGGAGACAAGAACCCCUGGGGAGGAAGGGCCGCCCCUGGAGGAAGGGUCUUCCAAACCCAGAGUCUCCCGAAGAGUUUAAGAUCAGCAGCUGCAGGCCCUUUCCGCCCCUGGGGCAGAGGUGGCAACCUACUUCCCCUCCGCCUCUCCCCCCGGGUCAGUACGAGGCGGAGCAGGAUGCAGGCCCGCAGGGCACCCUGACCUCUCCCCCUCCGCCCCCAAACGAUCGGCACACCCCUGGGGUGGAGGUGGCAUUGGGACGGGAGAGGCGGGAAAGGGAUCGGGACGGAGGGGACGGAGGGAAUUCGUGCGGUCCUCCGGCCGUUCCGGCUCCCGGCCAGAGGCAAUAAAUAAACCCAGUGCUGCCAGGCA